GUUCAGAGGCAUCCGGGAAGGCAGGAGUUGCCAUUCUCCUCUUGCAUAGCAUUUUGCUUUGGCUGCAAUUGAUUUGGUUUCGUUGCGUUUCCAUGGAGCAGAUGCUCUGCGUUCUCCGCUAGCUGCCUUUUUUGCUUGCAUAGCUCGCCCCUCUGUUGCUGCAAUGCAAAAAGCAGCACAACUCGCUGCUUGCAUGCAAAAUAACCCUCCCCCUCUCUUUUCCCCGCUCCACCUUCUAGUUGCUGCUCAGAAAUCGAGCGCCGAGCCAUAGAUGACUGUGGCGAUCGGUGCGAUCGUCUCUCCGCGCCUCUCCCCUGGCUCCUUGCAAGCGGCGCCCUGGACUCUCCAGGUGCCAGAGGGAGCAGCAGCGAGAGAAAGCGGGUGACUCUGGGCAGGCAGGCAGGCAGGCAGGCAGGCAGCACCAGGGAACAGACAACAAUGAAUAAGCCAGCUCGAUGGUUUCUGCCUUUUGCAAGUUUAAGCUCCUCUCCGAACUCGCCCGGGACUUCGAUUGUAAAAGUACAACAUUAAGAAGCUGCUAUGGAUCCUGUGUUUACUCCACUGGAAUGCCUGCUUCCCACUGGAUUAAUUAUAGAGUUGGGUAUGAUUUGCAGAAUCGCAUCUCUAAAGCCCGAAUAAAUGGGACAACAGAGGAGGAAACCUGAAGAUUUGCCUUCUGAUUCUGAACCAGCCUUUCAACAAAGGUCAUUUUCACCAUCUGUGGAACCGAGCUGUUCUGAGAGCAUGUGCUGAUGGAGGUGCUAAUCGUCUGUAUCAUAUCACAGAAGGAAACCAUGAGAGCUUUUUGCCUGAUUACAUCAGUGGGGACUUUGAUUCUAUUAUGCCUGAAGUAAAGGAGUAUUAUACAGUCAAGGGGUGUGAACUCAUAGAGACCCCAGAUCAAGACUUAACAGACUUCACCAAGUGCCUUCAGAUACUCCAGCAGAAGAUAGAAAAGAACAACUUGCAGAUUGACAUGAUUGUGACGCUGGGUGGACUCGGAGGUCGCUUUGACCAAAUCAUGGCAUCUGUGGAGACACUCUUUCAUGCAAUUAAGAUAACACCCUUUCCUGUCAUAGUUGUUCAGGAGAGUUCUCUAAUAUACUUACUUCAACAUGGAAAACACAAACUACGUGUAAACACAGGACUAGAAGGCAACUGGUGCGGCCUCAUUCCCAUUGGGAACUCUUGCGACUGUGUCACAACAACAGGCCUGAAGUGGAAUCUCAAUAGAAGCAUUCUAAAGUUUGGGACACUCGUCAGCACUUCAAACACUUAUGAUGAGUCUGGAGUUGUGACCAUUGAAACAGACAAACCUUUGCUUUGGACAAUGGGCAUCAAAGAUAAACGAUGUGCAUAAACUCUCAGCAGCUAUUUUUGUUCAGCCCAAGCCUUAAAGCAAUGCUUCCUGGGAAAAUGUCACUGCACUAUCUAAAUCUAGAUUUCAUGCAUUACCUGGUAUGCAGCUUCAAUCUAUAGAAUGCCAGGGAUUUUAGUUUUUUGCUAUUUGAGCAAUGCUGUAUUGUAAGCUUUUUUUUAGAAUUCUGAGCAUUGAUGUGUUUUUAUAUAUACUGUGCAAAGGAUUUUUUUUAAGAUUGGAAGGGCUGAUAAUGUGAUAUUUAUAUCACUUGAUGAUAUAAAAACUUACAGAAUAGAACACUGUAUAACUGUGUUCUGAAAAUUUGAUAGCUCUCUUCAGCAGAACACAAACAUUCAACUUGCCAGUGGGCUGGAACAAGUAGUGCGCACCCCAAGCCAAAACCCACAAAAUAAGUUGCCAUGAUAAUAUAAUAACCAUGCAUGCAACCUCUGUUGCAUUCAUCUAUAUUUAGCCCAUAGUGUGUGUCAGGAGCCAAAUACAAAUGGAUGCUCACUGAUGACAGCUUGAAUGCAUACAUCACGGGCUCCAGGGAGCACUUUUGCUUGUAUUAAAAGGGGAUGGGGAGAGGCAGGCACACAAUGAAAAUGUGUGGGAUUCAGACGACUCAUUGAUAUUGAAAGAUAACAGGACUGCUCAAGAUGCCCUGAAUACAGAACUGGAGAAAUCGAGAGAUACAUAGCCGCCCCGGCACCUUACCUCUCCUUUCUCCUGUCAAAAAACACAAGAAGGGCUUUUACACUUGCCAGAAGCGCGGCAUUGCCCACGCCUGUGCUGGAGGGGCUUUACAAAAAAAUCCCAUACGCCCAAAGACUCUGCGUAUGCCCAUUGGGGGAAGUAGGGAGCCCUGAGCAUUUGUUCUUCAGAUGCCCCCUCUAUGAAGAAGCUCGAAGGGAGAUCCUGGACCCCAUACUGGUGGGCUUAGCAAGCCUCCCGGAAAAGCAAUUAUACAACCUGCUCUUGCUAGGCAAAGACCUGAAAACAACCAGGGCGGUCGCCAGAUUCUGUGCCCAAAUAUGCAGACACAGACUUUCUUCCCAGCCCGUCUGAUUUUUCCCUCAAUGGCACCCCAAGCGAACUAGGCUCAGCUUUCUGCAGCCACUAUUUUAAGGGUUAAACUUUUAGCACUGUUAUAUAAUUAAUAAUUUUCUUUUAAAUCUUGUUCAAAGCAACUUUUAUAUGUUAUGCUCCCGGAAACUGUUUUUCAAAGGGAUCCGUUUUAUUUUUAUUUUAUUGUACUUCUAAGAGCUGGUCCUCGACCGUAAUAAUAAAUAAAUAAAAGUGUGGGAUGUGGGGUGCCUCCCUAUUAAUUACAAUAAUCUAUAAGAAACAAAAACAAUUAUUGAGCUAAAAGAAUUAUAAUUGCCAAAGUUUAAAUGAACAGUCUGUUUUUAAAAGGGAAGACGGCCUAAUUUAAAUUCUUGCAUUUAAUAAAGGCUAUAUACAGUUCGAAAGCACGUCAAAAUGCAAGUAGAUAAAUAGGAACCGCUACAGCGGGAAGGUAAACGGCGUUUCCAUGUGCUGCUCUGGUUUGCCAGAAGCGGCUUUGUCAUGCUGGCCACAUGACCUGGAAGCUAUACGCCGGCUCCCUCGGCCAAUAAUGCGAGAUGAGCGCGCAACCCCAGAGUCGGUCACGACUGGACCUAAUGGUCAGGGGUCCCUUUACCUUUAUAUUUAAAUAUCAGACUUGUUAUGUGCUGCUCAGUUUAUUCAACUAUUGAUGCUCCCCCCAGACACUGAAGAGAUUGAAUAUUUCAUAAAACCAGAUUUGACCUCAAAGGUUACAUCAUUCAGUUUACUAAGCAUAAAGCCUUAAGUCAGUGACUGACAUUGGCCUACACGUGCUUACAUUAACCAACUAAGAAGCCACACCAGUUUUACUUUAAAAUAUGUUUAUAACAAGUAGCAAAAGAUGAUUUAGGAAGAUUAUGCCAGAAAGGCCAGAAUGUUCUCUUUUGUUACCACAAGCAAAAUCAAGUUACAUGUCUUCUUGAUGCAUUCAGCCACCUCUGUAAAAAAAAGACAAGAAAAAAAGACAACGUAACCACAGAGGCACUUAAUAGCAUUUUACUGUUUUGUUUUUAAAGUAAUGUCCCCCCCUUUUUUAAAAAAAAAAUCAAAAAAUCUAGUAAUGUCCCCCCUUUUUAAAAAAAAAUCAAAAAAUCUUUAUUUAAAGUGUAUCAUCC